UGCUUUGAGGGUUUCCGAUCAAUCUCUGCCGCCUCCUUUACUUUUCUUUAUGGUAUCAGAGCCUCUGCUCUGACGAUUGCUCUCCGCCGGGAUGAAUCAGACGCCGCCGCAAACUCCCCCUCAGGGCAAUACUUCUGGUGGGUCUAGUGCGUUUCAGUUUGGGAGCUUCAAUAUAUCGUCAGAUCAGAGUGGCAGAGUUGAGAUCCAAUUUGGUAACCCCUACUACCUUAACCCUAAUGAGAAUCUCUCCCAAUCGAUUGUCUCUGAGGUCUUUGAUGGUACCAACUAUUCGAUGUGGAGUAGAUCUAUGCGCUUGGCUUUGAAAACAAAGCACAAAUUGGGUUUUGUUGAUGGGUCUAUCUUGGCACCCCCCACGACUGAUGAGAGGUAUUACCUCUGGGAUGGCUGCAACACUCUUGUUCUUUGCUGGAUUAUGAACUCCUUACAAAAAGAUAUUGCUCGUAGCAUGAUGAGUCAUGAAAAUGCCCGUGUUCUGGGGGAAGAGUUAUGCCGCCGCUUUGCUCAACCUAAUGCUCAGCGGAUUAUCAACAUGGAAGACGAGAUUCAAGCUUGCAAACAAGGCGAUAUGACUGUUCUUCAGUAUUACACGAAGAUCCAAGGGUUGUGGGAAGAUUAUCAAUAGUUCUCCCCCAUUGUUCCAUGUGCUUGUGCACCUGGUAACCCACUCCCUUGUGCUGCUGUUGAGGCCUUCAAGGCCAAACAUGAUACUGAUUACCUCAUUCGCUUUCUUCGUGGCCUUAACAAGGAUUAUGAGGUGGUCAAGACACAAUUGCUAAUGCGCAAACCCCUACCUACUGUGUCUGCUGCUCUUGAUGACAUUUUGCAGCAUGAACAGAAGAUUAAGGGAGACACUGCUCACUCCAAGCCUGGUCAGUCUCUAGCAUUAGUAAUGGGUCGUGAUCGACCUCGUUGUAAGCCUGAAGGGGACACUCCGAAACUUUUUUGCCGCUAUUGCAAAAUGAACAAUCAUGAGAUCAAGGAUUGUUGGCGGUUGAAUCGCAAAGAAAAGGAGAAGGAAGGUUCAUUUGCUGGUUCUGUUUCUCAUGACUCUCCUUCUUCCGACAGUAGUACUCUUUCUGAUGGUAGUGCUAGUCCAUCACUGAGUAUUCGUGGACUUUCCACUGAAGAUGUGCAGAAACUCAAACACCUCCUGCAAUAUGGCAUUGAUUCUGGUCCUGUUUCUCCUGGCUCUCCACACAUUAAUCACAAGGCAUUUUCUGUCUCUCGGUACUUACCACAGUUUCCCAAUCACUCUGGUAAGUUUAUCCUUUCUUCCUACAAUGAGAUGGAUGAUUUAGCCUUGGACAGAAUGUGGAUUUUCACUGGGGCCUCAGAUCAUGUCACAUGUAGUCUCUCCCACUUUGUUGACCACAUUCCUGUUACCAACACCUAUGUUUACUUACCUAAUAGUUCUAAGGUUCUAGUAAGUCACAUAUGUACAGUCCAACUCCCUACUGGUAUGCACUUGCAUAAUGUCCUUCUGGUUCCUAGUUUCACUUUCAAUCUUGUCUCUGUAAGUAAACUGACUAGAGAUCUCCCAGUUUCCUUACGGUUCCAUUCCACUGUUUGUGAUAUCCAGGACCAGUUGACCCAGCAGAGGAUAUUUAAAUGCUUGUUGAGGAAUAAGAAAUCUACCUAAUGGUUGGGAAGGUGAUACCAAAAUAGCAAAGUGUAUGGGAUCGGAGCCAACACAAUGAAUGAAAAGUUGAAGUUUUUCAAAUAAUUCGAGUUUUUGGGAGAAAAUUAUGAUAGAUCUUAUACCACUAUUUUACACGCUCCCUCAAGCGAAAUUCAAUUCAUGGGCUUGAAGUUUGCACAGGUUCACCAUACCUUGUGCUUUAAUCAACGGUUAAUAUUGGA